AUGGAGAAACCUACUGUUACUCAGAAUAACUACAACCAACCUGAGCAUACUCAACACCAACCUGAACAGCAACAGCAGCAGCAACAACCGCCGCAGUACGAUAAUCGCGACUAUAGUUCUCCUCUCGCUCAACCACCACUUACAAACCAACCUACCAGUCCACCAGCGACACACCAGCCACAAGGUCAAGAUGGAGGCUUUCCACCAGCGCAGCAGCAGAAUUACCAGAGCAUGCCCAUCCAGAACCUACAGAGUCAGAGUGCACCAGUAGUCUGUCCUAGCUGUGGCGUGAGAGCCAUGACUGUUACAAAGGCCGAGUCUGGAGGAAUGAUGCAUGCUGUCGCUGCGGGUGUAUGCUUUUUUACUUGUUUGGGUUGUAUUCCCUAUUGUAUCUCUUCGCUAAAGGAUGUUCAUCAUCAGUGCGGAAACUGUAACAUGCCGCUUGCUGAUUACCACCGAAGUGGUAGAACUGAAGUGCGCUGCUUUCAGAAGUAA